AUGAAUCUUAUAGAAUUCAAGAACAACAUUGUCAAUAUUCAGCUCAACACUGCUGUAUCAUAUGUGAGCUUGUUCAAUGAUCAAAGAACCCUCGAGAACAGCAAACCAGAUUCUAGUACAUUGACUGGCACGUCCCAAAAGUUCAGGGUCCAUUACACAAACAAUAACCCGCAACCACGCCUCCUCACAGUUAAAAUUGGGAUUGUCUUUCCUGAAGACAAAGACAUCAAACUAUCUGGUGGUGGUCCAAAUGAUACUUAUGUAGAAGCCAGUGAUGGUGAUGGGCAUCGGGGUGUUUGGAGUAGGUGA